AUGCAACUGCUUUUGCUAGAAACGAAAUUGGGUAAUAUAACGCCACUUAAAUUCACCUCCAUACUUAUUGAUAAUUACUAUUCAUCUCAGCUAUAUCAAACAGCCAAAUUCGAUGUCUUUCCUUCAAAUUGUCAUAAGAGUGCCCUGGUAAACAGCCUUGCGCUUGAAUCCGUGGAUUAUCGGUUCUUGUUGAGUGGUUCAGGUGAUUCAUCAAUAAAACUUUGGGACUUGCAUCAACGAGAUGAAGUUCGUAAAGAAAAUGAAGUGGAUGCAAAAUUGAAUGCCAUCCAUCAUCCAUCGAAAUUUGACACUUUUGACUAUGAUAAUCCAGUGACUGUGUUUUCUAAUGUUGCGAUUAUGCCGGCAAGAGAGUUUCACAAGUUUGGAAUAUCGACAAUUCAAUGGUGGCCAUUUGAUACUGGGUUAUUUGUAUCAUCUUCAUUUGAUCACACGGUCAAAGUUUGGGAUACAAAUGAAUUGACACCUGUUUUUUCAUUUAAUCUAAACAAUAGGGUUUAUUCAAUAGACGUAUGUGGGGAUAGUUCGCUAAUUGCUGCUGCUAGUGAUCAACCAUUUGUUCGGCUCUUGGAUAUGCGAUCCUCUUCCAGUGCCCAUACAUUGAGAGGUCACAAGGGUAAGACACUCAGUGUGAAAUGGCAUCCCAUAAACCUGAACUUGUUAGCCUCUGGCGGGUAUGAUGGAGAGGUUCGAAUAUGGGAUAUAAGGAGAAGUCUGAAUUUGUUGUGUCGAUUGGACAUGCUCACUACAAAUACAUCAAAUUCUUUGUCUCGACAAGAAGCGAACCUAACACAACAAUCAGUCAAGGCGCAUCUGGGACCCGUCAAUGGAUUAUGCUGGGAUGAACUGGGAAGCACUUUGUUUACAGCUGGUAACGAUGACAAGAUUAGAGUAUGGGAUAUGAUUAGUACACCCUAUCCACCAGUCAACAAAUUGAUAAAUUUUGGGCCACUUACCAGAAAUAAAUAUCCGCAAACAAUUCCAAUCUUGUUGAACCCCAGUGGGGAGAGUGAACUACAGCAUCUUGUGUUCCCAUCUGAAAGUGGAGAAGUAUUGAUUUUUCGAACUGUUGAUGGGAAAUUAGUCAAUCGCUUGAUAAGAAGAGGUACAAAGAAUGUGGGAAGGACAUGUUCAAUGUGCAAUGGUGGUCCAUUUACAGCAACCUAUUAUUGUGGAACCGUUGAUGGUGAAAUAUUGUGCUGGAAACCAUUUUGGGACAAGAUAGAUCCAGAAGAGGUGCUAGAUUUGGAAGAAGAGAAAGGAACAGGAGUCACAUCAGAUGACGGUGUUGAUGUUGAUGAAAUACUCUUGAAGAAGCAUACACUAGCGUUGAAAGCACAAGAGUUGAAGAAAUCAAUGGAAUACUGA